UGACAUUUUCGUGUUCAGUAUGCAAUCAAAGAUGCUAUGACCUCUCUCAACUUCACUCCAAAACAAUGAAUUUGAAGGGACUUUUUCAAGAUUUUAACCCAAGUAAAUUCUUGGUGUAUACAAGUCUGAUUGUCUUCUCGUUGGUGUUUGCUCUACGGCUUGAUGAGACGAUACAAUGUAGUUUCUGGCUUGUCUUCCUGCCACUAUGGUUCUGGAAGGGCGUGGUGAUCGUGGGAGCAAUUGUGGCAGGAGUCGUCUGGUGGAAGCAUCCAGAAUACAGGGUCGAAGGUGAGGGUUACAUCGAUAUGAAGGCAAUCAUCAUAUGCCUGGCUCUGAACUCUCUCCUCCUCAUCUUUGAGAUACUUGCCUGUGAUCAGCUAGAAAGCUCUAAUGCUGCCAAACCCUGGCGCCAUCCCUGGCUUAUUGUAUUCAUGCCCCUAUUUCUCACAUCGCCUGUCUCCAUUGCUGCCUGUGUAUGGGGCUUCAAGCAUGAUCGUGGUCUUGAGCUGGAAGCUAUGUGUUCCAUCAACAUUUUACAAUUCAUUUUCAUCGCACUCAAGCUGGAUGAGAUCAUUACUUGGAGAUGGGGAGUUGUAUUCAUCCCAUUGUGGAUUCUGACCUGUCUCAUGUGUCUCAUCGUUCUGUACUACGUCAUCUGGUCUCUACUCAUCCUACGAGCAACAGAGCUGAUGGCAGAGCAAAGAAGAGCCAACUUCAUGACAGCAGUCACUGCUGUGUCACUAGUAGCACCACUCCUAACAUUUGAGAUUCUGUUAGUAAAUAGAUUAGAUGGCAUCAAUGAUUACCCGGUGUCUGCUGUGUUUUGUCCCCUGUACAUCUCUUUACUGGUCUUGCUGCCCACUGCCUUUGGUCAAAGAGGUGGAAAUCAAUGGUGGUUUGGUAUCAGGAAAGAUUUCUGCUCUUUUCUGCUGGGAACCUGCCCCUUCCUCCAGGAGUACGGCAACAUAGAAAUCAACAUCCACAGAGGAGACCAGGAACCGGAGGAGCAGGAAAUCCAGAGAGAAAUCUAUAUACAUUCCAAACAAGCUAUGCUGGAUUAUAAAGUCGUUAUGCCUGUUAUAUCAAUCGAUACACCGGACUAAGGCCCAACCCCUCCCCCGUCGAUUAGUUGUAUGAUAGUCACGUUCAGUAUAUUUAAGAAUCGUAAGUCAGUAGAGUUGAUAUAUUGUAGCUAGCCCCCCAGGCCCUGUUGCUAACCCAGUCACACCGCCAACCCAACUAAUGAUUGAGAAAAUCUGAGCCAAUUUGGAUAUUGUGAGGUAACUCUCAGAGGUAUAUCGGGCAAUGAUUGGUUUUGAUAGCCUUUCAGUGGUAUUUAGUCAGUUCCAAACUUUAUCAGGGUGUAAGCUCCAUAGCAUGCCCGAAAGGCCCUACUAGGGCCAUAAUGUCAGGGGCUUGUCCAGUAUUGUGAAGGGUUUAUUGAACAUCAUUGGUUCUGAAAAAGGGAAAUUUGAUUAAUUUUGAUCGGUCUAUUGUUGGUACAUUGUCUGUAUAAUCAUAGAUGUGACUGGGGUACUAUUAUAACGUCAAGAUUCAUUCCUGUCAAUGCACAUGCUGGUUCAUAAAUGCAUUGACAGGAAGGGUAUAAUAUAUGUUUCUCCAUUAUUGUAAUGUUAUGAAUUAUCAAUAUGUAAAGGAUAUUUGAGUAGUUGGUACUUGUAGUUGAUCCUUUGCAAAUGAUUGCUUAGUCAUAGUCAAAAUGUAUAUUCAUCCUUGAUAUACAUUGAUUGUGCCUUUGGAUUAUACCAAAUUAAGAUAGGUAGGACACAAUUUGCGAGAUCCUGAUCGGUAAAAGAUUAUUGAAGUUGGAUCUUUUUCUUCUAACAGACAGUUUUACAUGCCUCUUCAUUAUACUAAGCUACCAAAGUCAUCAUUCAUACCUGUAUUACUCCUCCUAUUGUGAUUCCAUUGCUGGAAGUUCGCAAAACGCAAUUAAUUUAUAUCUUUUUGAUCUGCUGUAGAUUUGUACUUUAGGUAAACUCUCCUUCCCUUGACAGCAUUUUGUAAUAAUAUGCUCAAAUAUUUAAUACCACCUCUGCUCUGGCAUUACAUGGUUUAAGUUAUGUGAGGCAUUGGGUAGAAUAAGUGGUCAUUCUGGGUACCGGGCAUUUUGUCCAUUAAACAGCAAUCUGAGUUCUAGAAAUGAUGGAAAGUAUAUUAACACAGAAUCAAGUGAUACUUGCACUGAAGUAGAAGACUACAAGUGUAUGACAGAUGAUUUGCAGGACCUGUGUAACACCUCAGUAAAUACUACUCAGCAUUAAGAAAUCAAGCAUGUAGUCCACACUGUGUGCAUACAAAAGUGAGUCUUCAGUGUUCCUCAGUAGAUGGCAUUUCCAAUAUUUUGUCAUUUAUUGGUAUAUUUGGCUGGUCCAAACAAUCCAUCUGCUGCAUGAUAAACAAUUCAAAAUUGCUGUAAGCCAGUCUAUCAGUAUAUGCCAGUUUAUUUCUAAAAGAAAAAAAGCGCUCCAGGAAAAAAGGUAGAAAUGUUUAAUUUCAAGCAUUCUGAGAUUUUGUGAUAAUAAUUGAAGAAAAGAAUAUACCAUGAACUUCCUUCUUAAAACAUCAAUUAAUUGUUGUGAAUUGAUUGUGUACUUUAAUUACAUGUAGUUGGAAAUUUAGCUCAAUUAACAGUCUCGCACACUAAUCGCCUUUUUGGCAAUGAUGACAAUAGAUGAUGGAGGGUAUUGAUCCUCCUGAAAUUUGUGAUUAACUUGGUAUCUGUAAAUUCUGAUAAUAACUCACUAACCCCUCCCCCAGAAGAUAUAUAAAUGCUCAUGGUUCUCAGAAUGCCACUUUUAAUCAUUCUUACAAUUCUGCUUUUAUCAUACUUUCCAAAAGAUAGCUUUCAGCAAUACCUAAAUAACCUUGCUACAAUUCUACAUUAAUUGCUUCUAUCAACAUUAUGUUGUAGUAGAACGUUUAAAAUUGUUAGAACUCGUAAUACUACAUGACAGCCAGAAAAUGUUCCACAUUGAUUUGUUUAGUACAGUAAGCAUACUCUUACAAACAAUGUAUAUUGUGAUAUUUCAAAUGGAUAAGAAUCCAUCCCUGAAGGAAAUUAAUUCAUGUUUUAUGACAUCCCUUCUUUUUGUUAUAAGUUGUAUUUAAAUGAGGUGCUUCAUCUGUGGGUAUAAACUGUGAUUUGAAAGAGUAAGAUGUUUGAUCAGCAAAAACAUUGUUAUGUAAAUGGAAUAUUACAAUUGAUUUGUAUUUAUUUGUAGGUGUUUGUUAUGUAAUAUAAAUUCAACCUGAAAUUAUGUACACAUAUUAUUAUUAAAUGAACAUUUCCUUUGUAAAA